CCGCAUCCUAUUUUAAAAACGCUCCGCUUUCUCCAACGACGUUCCAUUCCCGGACUUUAGCUUUCAGUAACCCUCUUUUGCGGACGGGCAGCAUACAGUUAUUUUGGCAACGAUUUUAAAGUGGGUUGUAUUGCCUUCCUCCGGGACUUUCUCGACCAGUGUAGCCGACAGUCGUGGUAUCCCUGGGGUGGCAGUCUCCCAUCCAAGUCUUAGCCACGACCAACCCUGCUUGCCUUCCCAACCCAGGGAUCAUUUGAUGCCAUAGGAAUGGCAACACAUAUCUUCAUAGACAAAGAGAAUGGAGAAACUAGCACGGCUACUGCUCCUAAGGACCGACUAAAACAGCUAUUGGCACCUUCAAAGGUUUUUGUUGAAAGGUCUCAUCCUAAAACCCCUCUUGUUGGAAGGACAGCUAAUGUGAAUCUAAAAGAAUCUCAAUCAGUCAGGAAGGCUCUAGGAAGUCUGAACAGACCUCUAGCAACAACAAAGAAUCAGUUCCCUAAAGGAAAAAAGCUCUUGUCAAAAAAGGCAAAUGAAAAUACAAGCAGAACUGAAGACAACAACAUGGUUCCUGAAGAAUAUCCAGAGAAGGAGAAUCUUUUUUCUUAUAAUCCACUAGAUUUUGAGAGUUUUGAUGUUCCUGAAGAGCACCGGCUGAGCCAUAUGUCUUUGACUGGAGUUCCUCUUAUGACAUUUGACAGUGCGCCUGAUAGAUUUGCAAGCAGCAUCCCUCUGCCUGCAAAACAACCUUUAAUUUCAUGGGACUAUGAUUAUCUGCAGUCAACUAAAGAUUUUCUGGCUACUCUGGAUGAAAUAGUAAUUGAUCUUCCCCCUCCCUUGUAAGAAGUAAACAAGCUGUAUUUUAAAGUUGUAUUAUGAAUAAUGUUGUAACUCAUUUCAAUGACAUAAUAAAGAACUUGUAAUUGUAA